AAUUCAACCAAUCAGGUUUGUAUGCGGAAACAAGUGAUGUAACAAGUGAUGUUACGAAAACGUUUAAACGAGAAACGCCUUUUACGGAGGACUAGACGCGCUCGUCGGGAGGUUUUUGGAAGUUAUAGUUUUCUGCUGGUGGAAACUGUCCAACACGCUGCUCGUCAGUCAUGUUAAAAGCGGUGGGUCAAGCUUUGUUUUCGACCGGACUGAAGAAUCCUAAAUUCACAUCAGAGGAGCCGAAGGGACAAGACUACGAGAUCCGAACCUACCAUGCUGCAAAGUGGGUGAGCACCUCCGUGAACGGGAUGCAGGGUGACGAAGCCACGAAGACCGGCUUCCGCAGACUUUUCAGCUACAUCCAAGGCAACAAUCAAAACAAAGCCAGCGUGGAAAUGACCGCGCCCGUGACGUGUCGUGUGGUUCCUGGAGCCGGCCCCGCCUGCGAGUCCCAGUUCACCAUUUCUUUCUACAUCCCAGAUGAACUGCAGUCCAAUCCGCCUGAACCGAGUGACACAAAUGUGUUCAUGGAGGACAGGAAGGAGUUCACCGCAUAUGUCCGGACAUACGGAGGUUUCGCCAAUGAUGAAAUGAAGCGAGAGGAGCUGCUGAAGCUCCUGGAGAGUCUGAAGAGGGAUGGUGCUGAGUUUGUCGAUGCGCCGUACUACACAGCUGGGUACGACGCCCCCUUUAAGCUGAUCAACCGCAAGAAUGAGGUGUGGGUUCUGAAGAAGGCAGAAGAGCAAUAGAGUCAGUGUUCUGACAGAACACCAUACAUGUCAGAGCAGCAUACAUGAAGUUUAGGCACAUUCAUCUAAACCUCCGCUACGUUCUGAGGAGCCGUCAGUUCAGCAUACAGACACCAACGUAUGAGGAAAACAUUUGUGUUCAUAAUGUUUUAACAUCCACAAAAACCAACUGAUGAAUGUGAAUCACACAUUUUAUUUUACGGCCUUCUAAUUCUAAAAAAAAAUAAGAAUAUUAAGCUGUAAAAUGUAGAAAUUUGACAAGCCAGUCAGUUUUACGGUUGUUAAAAACAAAAUGUAUGAUGAUCUGACAGCGUAUGUCUGUCUGACAAUGUUUGGUGAUUGGACAGAACAGUCGACUCACUGCUAUUGAAAUGAGAUAAUUUGGUAAAUUCUGCAGAUGUUCAAACGGAAGACCAACCCAGACCUUUAGUACCUAGAAAGCCAGCAAGGCAUUCUCUAAUAAUGGGCCAUUCCCAUCUGUACCGGGUCGGCCCGGGCCGGGUAGCGUAGGUUGUUUACAUAUCUGGGUGGCCUGGUAUUUUUUCCGGGCCAACCAAGGCUCAUUCUCAGCCCUCUUCUCGAGGGGGUCUGCUUCAGGCCGACCAGGGCCAACACACCCACUGCUGACAGCAAAUUCACACCUUCCAUUAGAGCAAGCCUCUGAUUGGUGGGUAGAAUCAGCCCACAUGGGCUUAAGACAAGAAUGUGUGGAAUCAACCGGGCCAGGCUGGGGCCGACUGGGGCUACCCGGCCUGGGCCGACCCUGUACAGAUGGGAAUGUUUAUUCAUUUAGGAGUCGCUUUUAUCCAAAGCGACUUACUAUUUAUAACCUAUACGUCCAGCUGGGGGAGUCAAGCAGGUUAAAACACAAGUGCCUUAUAAAUGUUAAAAAAAAAAUAACCUCACCAUUUUAUUUGUGCUCAUUUUUAGCUGAAUUCAAGAAGAUAUUUUAAUAAUAAACUGUUUUAGUUUUUGCAUCAACAAGCUAAUUGUUUCUCCAUAAACAGACCAAACGUCAGUCGUAGCAGAUUCUUUGAAAAGCUGCAAUAGUUGUAUAAUUUUUAAGCAUGUGUUCAGCUCCAGUCCUGGAGGUCCACUAUCUGCAUGAUUUAGAUGUUUCUCUGCUCAACACACCUGAUUAGAAUCCAUAGUUGAUUGACAGGCAUAAUUAAAAUGGGCAAUAGGUGUUAUAACUAACCCUAAAAUGACUUCAUUUGCUUGUAUUUUAAUUUGGCACAACUUGCCUUUAUUUAUAAUCUGUUUUAAUCAACUUCCUGUUUGAAUGAAAUGCUUUUAUUUUGAAGGGUCUUUCCUGCUCUUAACAGUUAAUGCAAGCUAGCCAGUAAUAAAAAAUGGCCAAAGCAGCUUUGACGGAGAUCUAAUAUGACAGAGAUCUAACCAGUAGGUAGAUUCAAAUGUAUUGAUUUAUCUUAUAAAGCUACAAAUUUGUUAUUUAUGGUGUUUGUUGUAAACUGUUAAUAAAGUUGUAUUAAUUGUAA